CAAUGAUGGACAUGCCUUUGGUUGGUGUUGAGCGGCAGGAUCUUCUGAAUUCUCAGGUAUCGUGUCAGCAGAAGCUAACAAAUGAGCAUCUCACGGCCCUGUUCCUUUACGUCCUGGCUUGUGGAGAUGUGGAAUCGAAUCCUGGACCGAACACGGACGGACAAAAUGGCGACAGGAUGUUGGAGCUGCCGGCCCUCGGGAGACCGAUGCAACUUGGAAUGCUCUACGACUGUCGAAAUGACACCCUUAUUCCUGGCUUUACACUGUGGGACCCGGAAGUAUUAAAGAAUGACUGUGACGUCCGCAGCCAACAGGGGACUCACUUCAACGUCAUUACAUCAGAUAGCAUUAAUGACAAAUCGUCGGCCCUGAGCAUUGAGGCUUCUCUGAAAGCUAGUUUUAUGGGCGGUCUGGUUGAGGUAAGUGGUGCAGCAGACUACAUCAAUGACAAGAAGACGACUAGUCGACAAUCCCGCAUAACACUUCAAUACAAGACCACGACUAGGUUCGAACAGCUGACAAUGAAACAUCUCGGAAGACACAAUGUGCAACACCCAUAUGUCUUUGAUCAAGGUAUAGGUACACAUGUUGUAACAGGUGUAUUGUACGGGGCUCAAGCUUUCUUUGUUUUUGACAGGUAUUUGAAGAAUGACGAAAGCAACCAGCAUGUGGAUGGGAACGUACAUGCCAUCAUCAAGAAAAUCCCAAGCAUCAGUAUGAAAGGUGAAGGUUAUCUGACGCUCACUGAAAUCGAGAAAGAAGAAGCUGACAAACUCCAGUGUAAGUUCUAUGGCGAUUUUGCGCCUAAGAGCAACCCUGCGAGCUACAAAGAGGCUGUAUUUAUGUACACCCAGCUGCCAUCAAUGUUGGGAGAUAACGGAGAGCUCGCUGUACCUCUUAUGGUAUGGCUCCAUCCAUUGUCGAAGUUGGACAGCAAGGCAUCAAAACUGUUCCGAGAAAUAAGUGUGAACAUAAUUGGACAUGUUCAUGACAUACUCGAGGGUUUCGAUCAAUGGAAAACAAGAUGUGAUGAUAUGGUCAAAGACAACCUCUGCACGGACUUCCCGAAAUUCAUGGAGAAGCUGGGCUUCUUUAAGAAAUUGCUUAUUGAAUUUAUGCAGGGUUUUCAGCAAAAGAUCGCUCGAGCACUCCCACAAGUUCGUGGAGGUGAGGCUGUAGAACAGGUGCUGAUAGACAUCGUCUCUGACUGCCUGAAAUCUCCUUUCAAUUUUCAACUGGUGGAACACUGGCUGAAAUGCAGAGAAAAGGAGAUGAACAUCGUAAAAACCUUCAUGAAAGGUUUGUCCUCUAUCAGAGUCAUUCAAUCUCGGGAAGGCCUGGAUGAACUGCUAUUAGAUUUCUCCGUCGAACAUGUAGUGGCGUUUUCUUUCUCUUCAUUGGGGAAAGAAGAUGAGUAUCUAAAGGCACUGUCUCGAUUCAUCAGGACUCAAACAGCAGAGUCAUAUUCACCGCAGAAAGAAUGGUAUGACAACGUGGCAACGUCAAAGAAUAUGAGAAUGAAAGCCAAACAGUUUAAGGAGUUUGCAAAUGUGAAUAGCACGUCGGAGAAGACAGUCUUUGUCAUAAUGGGCUUCAAUGAUGGCGAAGGAUUAACCACCGAAGGUGGCUCACUCUUUCACUACGAACAUGGCGUCCUUACCACAAAGGACUUUGAACCCCCUGGUGUGCUUGGAAAACCAGAAAUUCUUAAGACAUGCCAUGAUUCUGCAAUGAUCAAAUGGGCAGCACCACAGACAGGGCUUGCAUGCAUCCAAUCUUACCAUGUGAAGUACAGAGAAACGUCACCAACACAUAAUCCUAUAUGGCGUGAGUUCAGGACAGAUGCUACUGCUACUCUUGCAACCGUCCCAAAUUUGAAGCCAAAUACCACGUAUGAAUUCUCGGUAGUAGCGGUUUGUGAGGUUGGGCAUUCUCAGCUUGGUGCGGUGAGUGAGGUUGCUACAACCCUUCCUACGAGCCCUCCAUAUAAUGUGCGAAAGAACCAAGUCUCCGAGACUAGCAUAACUGUGGUGUGGAAUAAGCCUGAUGUGAUAGGUGAAGGCGUGAAUGUGAUAAGAUACAGGGUGAGUUACGUUCCGUUAGCUGACACCGAUCCAGAUCACAUCUUGCUAAUGGAAACCGAUGAAGACGUUUGUUUGUGCACAUUAGAAGACCUGGAUCCAGGAACUACUUACAAAGUAUCAGUCUCUACUCUCUGUGGAACAGCCAAUGACAGCGCCUCUUCUAAACCCGUAGAAAUCACUUCAGUGUCUGCAGUAAACGAACGCAUGAGAAACUUUAGGGAGCUGAUAGCGAAGUGCCAUACUCUGAAGAUAGGGGAUCAUUCGAAAGGAGAACCAUCUUUGUACAAGUUACCUCUGACCAAAGGAAGACAUGGUGCACGCAGUAAAUACCAGACAUACUACAUCGGUCGAAUGAGAAACGAAGCAAAACGGCACUUUGUUGCUAUGGUUGUAGGAGCGACAGGAGCAGGAAAGAGCACUCUAAUCAAUGGGAUGAUCAACUAUAUCUUUGGCGUUGACUGGAAUGACGACUUUCGCUUCAAGAUUAUAGCAGAAGAGGGAGAAAACAAGGCUGGUGGCCAAGCACAGAGCCAAACACAGAUGAUCACAUCGUACACGAUCAACCCAACCAAGUGGUCACAUCUGGACUUCAGACUGACGAUAAUUGACACACCAGGAUUCGGUGAUACGCGGGGUAUUGCAAGAGACAAAGCCAUCGUUGAUCAGAUUCGUGACUUCUUCUCAGAUUCAUCCCUUCACCACGUAGACCACAUUGAUGCCAUUGGCUUUGUUACUCAAGCAUCCCAAGCAAGGUUAACACAUACUCAGAGGUAUGUGUUUGAUUCCGUCUUGGCAAUCUUUGGCAAGGACAUUGAACAAAAUAUUAUGCUGCUGGUGACAUUUGCUGAUGGACAAAAACCUCCUGUGAUAGACGCAAUCAAAGCAGCCAAGAUUCCAUGCUCGAACAAUAUGUUCAAAUUCAACAAUUCUGCUCUGUUUGCUAAUAAAUCUGAUAUUGAUCAGUCUUCAGCUGGCAAGAGUAGAUACGAUGUCGGGAGUGAUGGCGACAACACGGAAGAAGGAAUGGACGAUUGCUUCGACAAAAUGUUCUGGAAAAUGGGCGUCCAAAGCAUGCGACAUUUCUUCUUCGCUUUGAGCGAGAUCGAACCAAGAAGCCUUUCACUCACACAAGAAGUCCUGACGGAACGUCAGCGUUUGGAAGUAGCAGUGGAGGGUCUACAGCCACAGAUUCAAAUGGUAUCAGGCAAGCUUGAUGAGCUGCUCAGUCUGGAAGAAAUCGCAAUGAGGCCGAACCCUCUCAGUACAUUAGACGAUGUGGAUCUCUUGAUUGAGGCGGAACAACUAGAAGCCAAACCAGGGGCCCGUUUCAUAAAACUUUUGACUUGCAACUGUAACAUCUCCCAUAUCUAUGGCAAAUCUUGUUAUUGCAAUGGCAACUUGUCAUAGUUGCAAAUAUCCGUUUCAUAAAAGCAAUGACAAAUUGUUAUCGUAAAUAAAAAUAAUUAAAUGAAAAAUAGUUCGUGAACGAGCCUGAUAUGCAGCUAACAGCCGGU